AUGCCGUCGUCCACGCGGAAAGGAGUGCCGAAGGACCCCGAGUUGCAGGACCUCUUCUUCAAAGAUGACCCAGAGGACGUGUUCUGCGACCUGCAUGAAAUCGGACAUGGCAGCUUUGGGGCCGUCUAUUUUGCACGGAACUCUUACUCCAACGAGGUGGUGGCCAUCAAGAAGAUGUCCUAUAAUGGCAAACAGACUACUGAAAAAUGGCAGGACAUCAUUAAGGAAGUCAAGUUUUUGGAGCAGCUCCGACACCCCAACACGAUUGAGUACAAAGGCUGCUACUUAAAAGACAACACUGCCUGGCUGGUAAUGGAGUACUGCCUGGGCUCUGCAUCAGAUUUACUAGAGGUUCACAAGAAACCGCUCCAAGAGUUGGAAAUCGCUGCCAUUACCCACGGUGCCUUGCUAGGACUGGCCUACUUACAUUCCCACAACAUGAUUCACAGAGACGUAAAAGCUGGAAACAUCUUGCUGACUGAGCUUGGUCAAGUCAAACUGGCAGACUUCGGCUCUGCUUCUAUCGCCUCACCUGCCAACUCCUUUGUCGGAACCCCCUACUGGAUGGCCCCAGAAGUGAUCUUAGCCAUGGAUGAGGGUCAGUACGAAGGAAAAGUUGAUAUCUGGUCCCUGGGAAUUACCUGUAUCGAACUGGCGGAACGUAAACCGCCGUUGUUCAACAUGAACGCCAUGAGUGCCUUAUACCACAUAGCACAGAACGACUCUCCCACGCUGCAAUCAAACGAGUGGACUGACAUCUUCCGGAGCUUUGUUGACUACUGCCUACUGAAAAUUCCUCAGGAAAGACCCUCGUCGGGGGAGCUGCUACGACAUGAUUUUGUGCGUCGGGACCGCUCGCCACGCAUUCUCAUCGACCUCAUCCAGAGGACCAAGGAUGCCGUUCGUGAGCUGGACAAUCUGCAGUACCGCAAGAUGAAAAAGAUUCUCUACCAGGAGAAACACAAUGGGCCGAUGGGAGAAAGCCAGGAGGAGGAAGAGGACAGCGAGGCAGCCAGCUGUAAGAUGAACAGCCUGGGCAGCAACCACUCCAUCCCCAGCACGUCGGUGAGCACGGGCAGCCAGAGCAGCAGCGUGAACAGCAUGCAGGAGGUGCUGGACGACAGCUGCUCCGACAUGACCCUCAUGCACCCCCAGGACUACGGCAGCACCCUGGACUCCUCUGCACACACCAAGAAGGACCAUCAAUAUAACUGGGAUGACGGGAUCCACAGAGACCAUCGACCCGAUCUGGGACCUGCCUCCUCGGACAAAAGCAGCCAGGCCCAAAACUACAAAAACCAGGGUCGCUUCGCCACCAUAAAGUCAGCCUCCCUGGUGACCAAACAGAUCCACGAACAUGAGCAGGAAAGUGAGCUGCGGGAGCAGAUGUCGGGCUACAAGCGCAUGCGGCGGCAGCACCAGAAGCAGCUGAUAGCGCUGGAGAACAAGCUGAAGGCCGAGAUGGACGAGCAUCGGCUGAAGCUGCAGAAGGAGGUGGAGACGCAGGCCAACAAUGCCUACAUCGAGCUGGAGAAGCUGGCCAAACGCCACGCCGUGCACACCGAGAAAGAGAUGAAAACGGCGCUCACAGAUGAGAAGAAGUUCCAGCAGCAGAUCGUGGCUCAGCAGAAGAAGGAGCUGACCACUUUUCUGGAUAACCAGAAGAGGCAGUACAAACUCUGCAAGGAGAAGAUUAAGGAGGUGACCAAACAGAUCCACGAACAUGAGCAGGAAAGUGAGCUGCGGGAGCAGAUGUCGGGCUACAAACGCAUGCGGCGGCAGCACCAGAAGCAGCUGAUAGCGCUGGAGAACAAGCUGAAGGCCGAGAUGGACGAGCAUCGGCUGAAGCUGCAGAAGGAGGUGGAGACGCAGGCCAACAAUGCCUACAUCGAGCUGGAGAAGCUGGCCAAACGCCACGCCGUGCACACCGAGAAAGAGGAGCUGAACAAGAAGAAGACCCAGAAGGAGAUGGAGCACGCCAUGCUGAUCCGCCAUGAUGAAUCCACGCAGGAGUUGGAGCAGCGGCAGCUGAAGACGCUGCAGAAACUGAGGAUGGAUCUGAUCCGCCUGCAGCACCAGACCGAGCUGGAGAACCAGAUCGAGUACAACAACCGACGCGAGCGGGAACUGCACCGCAAACACGUGCUGGAGCUCCGGCAGCAGCCCAAAAACCUCAAAGCGUUGGAGCUCCAGAUAAAGAAGCAGUUCCAGGACACGUGUAAAGUUCAGACCAAGCAGUACAAGGCGCUGCGCCACCACCAGAUGGAAGUCACACCGAAGGCCGAGCACAAGACCGUGCUCAAGGCGCUUAAGGACGAGCAAACGCGCAAGCUAGCUAUCCUCGCCGAGCAGUACGAGCAGAGCAUCAACGAGAUGAUGGCCUCACAAGCGCUGCGUCUGGAUGAGGCCCAGGAAGCGGAGUGCCAGGCCCUGAGGCAGCAGCUGCAGCAGGAGAUGGAGCUGCUCAACGCCUACCAGAGCAAGAUCAAGAUGCAGACCGAGGCUCAGCACGACCGCGAGCAGCAGAAGCUCGAGCAGAAGGUCUCGCUGCGCCGCGCUCACCUGGAACAAAAGAUCGAGGAGGAGCUGGGCUCGCUGCAGAAGGAGCGCACCGACCGGAUCAAACACCUUCUGGAGCGCCAGGAGCGGGAGAUCGACAACUUCGACAUGGAGAGCAUGCGUCUGGGCUUCGGGAACCUGGGAACGCUGGACUUCCCAAAGGACGACUACAGAUGA